CCUUCAAGAUGGAGAACAUCUUUGACCACUAUGAUCUGCUGGAGGUGAUGGAAGGAACGGAGAAGCGCCCCGAGAACGACCCGGAGAAGAGCCCGUGGGUGCGGAAGAGCGCACAAGGCUACCUUCUACUUGGGCAAGCGUUGGGGAGCAGCCAAAUCCGUCACAUCAAGCCUUUUCAGCGUGAACCAGCAAAGGGACCAAAGGCAUGGGCUGUUCUCAAGGGUGUACAUGCUCCUGCAACAGCAGCGGUAGCUGUGGUUUUGGAGCGGCAAAUGGCAGCACUUCGAAUUGACGAAGGCGAACCGGUGGAGGAAGGAGUACAGAAAUUCUUCGACUUGUUGACACGGCUCGAAGGAGCUGAGCUAAACUACAGUGACCUUCAAAAGAAGACCAAGCUGCUGGCCUUACUUCUGGACUCAUGGUCCUCGCUCAUCAUGAACCUUAAUCGAGAUCUGCCCCGUCUCUCACUCGAAGAUGUGAAGCGGGAAAUCUUACAAGAAGAUUUCCGCCGUCGCGAAUUGGCGGGUCCCGAUGGUGCCGGAGUUGCAAGCAUGGGCCGUGGGCACGGCCGUGGAAGAGGCAGAGGGCGAGGAGAAAGAUUUGGCAGCAGUAACUUCAAUGGAGGCCGUGGUAAUGGAGGAUAUGGCAGCAACAACAACAAUGGCUACGGGCGUGGGCGCGGUCGAUUUGAUGGCGAAUGCCAUUUUUGUCACAAGACCGGCCACAUGUGGAGAGAUUGCUUCAGAUUGCCUGAUGGAUGGACCCCUUCUCAAGGCCAAGAGGGCAGAGGAGCAAGGGGAGGAAGAGGCAGAGGUCGUGGAGGCCGUGGUGGCCGUGGAGGCGAAGCGGCAAGCAUGAAAGGUGGAGACUACGACAAGGACUCGAGUGAAGAUCGAUACCCGGGCCAAUUCUUCUUUGUCUCCACGCAAGCGGCAGCUGCAGCAGGAGGUGUGGAAGGCUUUGAGGAGCCAGCAACUGUGGGAAAGGUCACCCUUCACUCUCUGGACUUUUGGGUGAUCGAUAGCGGCGCCACCUACAGCAUGACACCUCGUGCGGACUUGCUCACCGAACUCGAACCGUCGCCGGUGAAGCAUGUUACAUCGGCUUUGGGGCAGCGAGCAGAGGUGAAAGGCAUGGGCAAGGCCAUGUUCAAGGGUGCUGAUGGGAAGAUGGUGGGCCUCAAGAACGUGCUUUGGGUGCCCAACCUUGCAGCCAACCUGAUUUCCGUUCGGCGUUUGCAAAAGGCCGGCAUGGACACAUCUUCCAAGGGCUCCAAAACAUAUACCGCGAGGCUUGGUGAGCGGAAGCUUUGGGACCUUCAUGAGGACAGGGACAUCUACAAUGAGAUGUGGCAAAUCCCAGUGGUCCCCAUGCCUAAGGGGAGGCAAGUGGCAGCAAGCGUCAGCACCAAGAGUGAAGCGGUUGGUGGCGGUGAUCACGGAAAACAAAGUGACACCAAGAGUGACUCGAAGGAGUGCAACCUUGGAGAGACCAGCAAGGCGUGUGAACCCAAGGAGAGUGGUGCAGCAGCCAAAGGUGGUGGAAAUGAGGAGGAGAAGCCUAAGAUCAGCAAAGCAGCAGCGGCGAAGGAGAAAGGAGAGAGCUUGUGGGGCACGAUUGCGAGUGCCGCUUUCUCCAACCCGACUUCCGCUACGGGAGAGUGUGAUUGGCUGACCUUGCAUCGGCGAAUGGGGCAUGUGGCAUUGCCCAUUUUGCAGCAGAUUGUUAAGCAAGAGAUGGUCAGUGGGAUACGUGUCAAGGGGGAGCCCAAUGAGGUGCUUGGCUGUCCAACAUGCAUGCAAGCCAAGUUCACCCGCUACCCGUUCCAUAGCUCGGAGACAACGGCGAAGGCACCACUUGAUGAGGUGGUGAUGGAUGUGGUGGGCCCCUUGAAGCUUGGAGCUGCUGGAGCUGAGUACUUUCUCACCAUUGUGGACGUCUACACUCGCAUGACUUGGGUGUAUGUGCUGCCCAAGAAGAGUGACGUAGCUGAAACUGUGAAGACCGAUUGGUUGCCGAUGGUGGAGCGGCAACAAGACCGACUUGUGAAGGCGAUUCGCACUGACCGUGGGGGAGAGUUCCUGAGCAAGGAUUUCUCAACUUGGCUGAAGAAGCAGGGCAUAAGGCACUCUCUUACCAUGCCCUACUCUCCUGCAAUGAACGGCAUCGCCGAGCGUGCGAAUCGGACACUCACGGAGACGGCUCGGGGACUUCUCAUUGAAGCCGGUCUUCCCAAUUACUUUUGGCCGGAUGCGGUGCGGCAUGCUUGUGUGGCCAAGAACAGAGCCUUGACUCAUGUGGGAGAAGACAAAUGGGUGCCCUAUGUGGAGUGGAUUGGAAGGAAGCCGAAGGUGGAUAUGCUUCGGGUGUUCGGGUGCAUAUGCAUGGCACUUGUGCCUAAGAAACUUCGGCACAACAAGCUUGAUGCCAAGGCAACAUGGGCCGUGCACCUGGGCAUGGCUCAAAACAGCAAGGGAUGGCUUCUUUGGGACCCAUUUACCAAGAAGUUCCUGGUGAGCAGAGAUUGCAAGUUCAUGGAGAACUUACCGUACAAGGAGUGGAAGGCGGAGAACCAAGCGAAGAUUGGUGUGCGGCUCAGAGAGGUGAAGAGUACCGGCUUGGAGCAUGUGGAGCUGCCCUUGGAGCUGAGUAGCAGCAGCACUAUUACAAGGCAAUCUCCUCAAAUGAAUGGGGGAGAAGAGGAGGAGGAGGUGCAGCAAGGUGAUGAGCGUGCACCGGCACUUCCGCCUCGUGCUACAAGUGCUCGUGGGAACCGACCAGAUUUACCGCAACGCCAUGAGAGCAUUCAAGUCCCUGCAGCAGAGGAGGAAGGAAGGGGGAGAAGGAGGACUCAGCCCCCUAAUAGGUUGAGCUAUGACCGGCUUGGAGGACCAGCCAACUCAACCUUGACCGGUUCGGCUCUCAUGCUAGGCGAUGAUGCGGAAGAUGAAAGCGAGGAGUGCGCCUUUGCCUUCUUCUCUCCGGUGGAGAUGCCGGGGGAGCCUACAAAUCCCAAGGAGGCUUGGGAGGGCCCCAAUGGGAAGGAGUGGAAGAAGGCCUCAGAUGAAGAAAUGGGGAGCAUCAUCGAGAACGACACGUUUGACUUGGUGAACCUACCUCCGGGGCGUAAGGCGAUCUCUUCCAAGUGGCUCUUCAAGCGCAAGACCGACGCCGACGGCAACAUCGAGCGCUACAAGAGCAGACUUGUAGCCAAGGGGUAUCAGCAGCAAGAGAAGAAGGACUACAAUGAAGUGUAUGCCCCUGUGGUGAAGGGUACAACCCUUCGAACCCUCUUCGCCGCGGCGGCCAUCAAAGGAUGGGUGGUAGCAGCUGGAGAGAGAGUGGCCAAGUACCUUGGCCAAACAGCAACUGUUGGACUGCAAUACUCCGCGGCGGCACAAAGGCGUCAAAAGGGGGCGGAUGGAGUCGAACCCGGGAGGCUCUUUCUCACCGCCUUCUCUGAUGCAUCUUGGGCAUCAGAACCAGAGGACAUGACAAGUGUGGGAGGCUUCAUCUGCUGUGUUGGUGGAGGCCCAACAGCUUGGGAGAGCAAGAAGCAAGUGGACCAAGCAUUGAGCUCGGUGGAGUCCGAGUACAUGGCACUCUUCCGUGCCAUAAGAGAGGUUGUGUGGCAGCGGCGUUUGCUAGCUGAAUUGGGGGAGGAGCAGCAAGGACCAACCCCACUCUACUGUGAUAGCCAAGGUGCUAUUGCAUUGGCUAAGAACCCGGUUCUUCAUGGCCUUACCAAGCACAUGAAGGUGAAGUGGCAUUGGGUGAGGAGCAUGGUAACCGCGGGUGAAGUGGAGUUGCACUACGUGAAGACGACGGCGCAGCCAGCUGAUAUGAUGACCAAGAGGCUGGUUGAGCAGCAGCAUUGGAAGUGUUGCAAGCUUGCUGGGAUGGCUCUGAACUAAGGGGAGCAGAUUCUAAGGCCAACAAUCCGAGGAGGAGUUUGUUGGUGCAACCCUAUGGCUUGCACUCGGCUU